AAACGCCCUUUGAGCGACCCAAGUCGUAUAUUAUAACUUUUAUGUUAAUUUAAGGGAAACCGAUUGGUCUAUUCAGAGAAACCUUUCGUCCUCCUCGAUGGUUAGCUAUCUAGCUAGCUAAGUAACCAGCGUUGUAUCCGUACGUUACUGUAGUGCUGCAUUCAUUGUAUGUGGACGGGCCGUUCACAUGCCGGGCAGUCGGCCUGCUGCUGAUCUCUGUCGUAGCUCAACAUGAACGGGCCACGCGUUUUUCGACAACUUUUCUUCCCCACACACCGUAUUGCAUUCCUAGCACAUAGCUUUGGACACUGUACAUGCUAACGUUGAAUGAACACGCGACGUUUGUCAAUUUCAUUUUAUGUUCGCCUGAUGGUAACUUAUACUAAAUUUACAUCCGAUUUAGCUUUUCUCUUGGUUAACACAAAGGGUACAUCGUCGCACUUUGUUUAUUUUUUGUUCCCGAGUCGUUGGGUCUAUCCGAAGAGGGAUCUAAUUCGCUUACAGGUUAGCUAAUUGUGUGUUCGCACUGCUAAUAUCUCUCCAUUAGAACAUGACGGUUUGAAGGUGUGUGUGUAUCGCACAAGGAACAAAGACGAGCGGUAGCUAGCUCGCGCUAACGUUAGUUGACCUAGCUAACGCUGAUGUGAACGUUAGCGGCUCAUGUUUCCACCGAGAUUCUUGAAACCUUCACCUAAAUAAGGUUACGGUUCAGUCAUAAGUUACGUUAGAUAAGGAUUCACUUUAAUGAUAAAUACUGAUAAAUUGCUAACGUUACGUCAUAGAGCUGACCUUAACCGUCUGUCAGCCAACAUACGGUUAUCAGACAUGAUCACAGCCGAUAGAUCUCAUUUGUUUUGUUCCCAUGCGGACAAGUUGUCAGUUGGUAGUAUUAUCUAAAACCAAUAACUCUUAGUAAUAUAAUCUAACCCACCGUAAUUGUGUGUUCAACGGACAAAAAAAAUAGUGCUUAAAAUAGUGCUUUCGAUUUCCAUAGACACAGUUUUGCCUGGUAUAAAGCCCAGGUUCCUUUGUUGUUAGGUUAGUUAUUACUUUUACUCAAAUGCCGAAUAAUUGUCGCUAUCCUGACUUUGUCAAUGGGGAAAAGUGUUAUAAUUUAUAAUACCCAUAGCAUAUGCUGGUGCAUACUGGCUGUGUUUUUGUGUGGGAGACUGAGGGAAGGUUGUAAGUUGACACCCGGACAGUCCCCUCUUGGCUGGCUAAAUUUAACUGGGGUGCUGGGGGGCGACAGAUGGUAUUAUAGUCUUACAUGGUAUACUUGACAACAGUGAGUCUGAGUCUGCUCCACACAUUCAGUUCAUUGUAUUGGCAUUCAACAUUUAUUCAGUAUUGUAUUUUACUAGGAAUUGUGAUUCAAUGUAACCAUCUCACGGGUAUAUGUCAUUUAACUUUGCCUCUGUCCCCUCUCCCCUAGAUUUUUCUAUUUUGUACAUACAUUGUUUUGUAUAUACUGUAUAUGAUGACUUCAGUGGUCAGCAACCACGCCCGGGGGACUCGGGACGGAACACUGUCCACGACCACACAAACGCAGUCGCAGAAACCGAUACAGGCCACACCAGAACAGAUUCGUUUAGCCCAAGUGAUCUAUGACAAAAAUGAUGCUGACUUUGAAGACAAAGUCAAACAGCUGAUUGAGGUAACUGGGAAAACUCAAGAUGAGUGCGUGGUAGCCCUCCAUGACUGCAACGAAGAUGUAAACAGAGCCAUCAAUUUUCUGCUGGAGAGCACCUCUGACAUAACCUCCUGGGAGACUGUGGGGAAGAAGCGUACCCUUGGGAAAGAAGGUGGACCCUCAGAGAUAAAGGAGAGCCGGGAGAAGAAAGGAGAGAGGGAGGCAAGUCGCGGACGUGGGGCGUCCAACAGGAGGGGCAGAGGCAUCAGCCGAGGGCGCGAAGGUCGGUUAGAGGAGAAUGUGUUUGAGGUUACUCCUGGAGAGAGAGGGGGAGACCGUGGACGCAGAGGGCGGGGCAGAGGGGCAGGGGUUCGCGGUAGAGGAAGGGCAGCUGAUGACAACAGGUUCUCUACCCAGGGAAUGGGCAUCUUCAAUCCUGCUGAUUACGGCGCUAACUCCCGAGCUCGCCAGGAUGCAUGGGACGGUAAUGAAACUGCUGAGGGAGCUGGAACAUGGGAAGGCAAUGUGGAAGACUGGGCUGCAGAGGACUGGAAUGAGGACUUGUCUGAGACCAAAGUAUUCACUGCCUCCUCUCCUCCAGCAAAACACAUCACACCUAGACCCAAUGAGGACAUGGCUAGCCUACUGCCGAAGACUGGAGUGGCUGUGGGGGGUUCUAUGGAAGCUGACUUGGGAGCGAUAGUCGAUGGCCCCUCAGCCGAGCAUUUGGGCCAAAGCCUGGUGUUUACCAAUUCCCACCACAAUGGACGCACUGCAACACACAGCUACGCACACGCAACAGCCAACAGCUACGCCCAUGCCGCCUCUGCUAGUACCACCUAUGCACAUGCUGCACUGUCCUCAGUCCUGGGUUCUGGUUUUGGAUCCCCGAAUGCGCCGAAGCCAACGCCUACCUCCGACACCAGGACAUCGGAGCAGCUCAACGGCCCUCGGCUUGGUCAGAGGGCCUGUCCGAUGUUGGCCAACGCCAGCAACAUUAGUGUUUCCAAAGAUGCAGGGCCACCUCCAAUGCAGAACCCUGUUCCAGCGUGCUCUCCCUCUCUAGAAGUCAAGGCUCAGAGAGUGGAGAAUGGCCCUGUUAUUGCCCAACACAUGGGGAUGAAGCUUCAACCUGAGCCAUCAGCGGUGCUCAGCCAGCUGUCUCAGAGGCAACAGUCCUCCAUCCUUCCCACCGCAGAUCCUCUGGGCCUGUCGCAUGCUCCACAGGUCCCCACACCACCAGGUCAUGAGUCGUCCAUCCCUCCUUUAAGAGAUGGAGCUUCUCCAGGAGGGAAGCUGACAUUCAUGGAGCAUUCUGUCACAGAACCUCCUCAGCGGCAGCUAAAGACACAGAGACGCAGAGUACCUCCUUCCUCAAAGAUCCCGUCGUCAGCAGUGGAGAUGCCGGGCUCAGCAGAUAUACCUGGCCUGAAUGUUCAGUUUGGGGCUCUUGACUUUGGGUCUGUGGCUGGUAGUGGAACGGUAGCAAUGGCACAGGCGGAGCCGGCCAGGGAACAUGCCCCGACUCAGGGCCCAGCUCCAGUACCCAUGCCUGGUCCUACACAGCAGCCACAGAGCAGCCUGUUCUCCAAGCCAGGAUCUAUGAGCGAACACAUGAACAGCUUACCCCCCUUACCAUUAGCUGUAUCAGAUCCCAGCUUCCCCUCACCAUCCUUGGGCUUACCCAGUGCCACGCCCUCCCCCUCCAUGGGUCUUCCCAGUGCAGCCGCACCACCCUCUUCUACAGCCUCUUCUGCAGCCAGCCGUGUGGAGAGCAGUGGUCAAAGGUCCCUGCCACCUCAUCUGGGCUUCUCUCAGACCAAAGAUGUCUCCUCAGCUGCCGCUCUCACGAACGGCUACAGUGGCAUGAAGACACAGAGCACACAGGACACUACAUCAUCGAUGUCUAGAACAGUCAUAACCGAGUCUCCCGUUAUGACGAGUGACACUGGCCACCACAUCUCCUCCCCUGCAGUUACACCUUCCCACUCAACAUCCAUCCCCUCGCUCAGCAGUCAUGUGACCAGUACUCACUCAACCGGAUCUGUUCUAGCCACAAGCUCCUCCCACACGAUAAGUAAUGUGGAGAACAAUAGUAGUGGCAACCUCCAUGCCUAUUCAUCGUCGUCCAGCCACGCUAUCGAUUCAAGUCCCCUGGCUGUUAACUGCUCGAUCACCAAUGGUCUGCACCAAUCUGGAGCACCUGGACUAACUCCUAAUGGCACAAACGCCACACUCUCAGCUGCAGGCAGCCGCACGGCACCCCUGCUCACCACCACCUCUGGUAAAGCUCCUCCCAACUUGGCUCAAGGAGUGCCGCCUCUCCUGGCCAACCAGUACAUCAUGGGCCCUGGUGGCUUGCUCCCUGCUUACCCGCAGAUCUACGGAUAUGAGGACUUGCAAAUGCUGCAGUCUCGCCUUCCUAUGGAUUAUUAUGGUAUAACAUUCCCUGGUACUACAGCUGCUAUGCCUGGAAGAGAGAGCCUUGCUAAUAAUCCAUAUUCUGGUGAAGCGACAAAGUUUGGCAGGAAUGAUUCGUCAUCUCCAGCUCCCCCGACCAGCAUGUCUACAGCCGGGGUGCAGUCACAGCCCCAGCAGGCACCACAGGCAGGAACACAGGGUCAGGGUCAGCAAGCACAGAACCAGGCCUUCCUCAAUCCCCCCCUGCCCCCUGGCUAUGGAUACACUGGUCUGCCGUAUUACGCUGGUUUGCCGGGGGUUCCCUCGGCUUUCCAGUACGGCCCCACCGUCUUUGUGCCUCCUGCUGCUGCCAAGCAACCUGCAAUGGGCCUAGCCAACCCUUCCAAUCAGUAUCACCAACAGCAUCAGCCCAGUUACGGACAGCAUGCAUAUGGCGCAGCCUUUGAUGACCUGUCUCAAGCCCACGGUGGGGAGUACAGUAAGGGAGGGUACGGAGGCUCUGCCCAGUCACAGGCCAAGUCAGCGGGCAGCGGCCCAGGGAAAGCACCAGGACUGUCGGGGUCAGGUACCGGUGGAGUACCUGACAUGGGAGGCUCAAUCUACAGCAAAACUCAAUCAUUUGAUAAGCAGGGCUUCCACACGGGGACACCACCUCCCUUCAGCCUGCCUUCAGCGCUGGGGGGAACAGGGCCCCUGAACCCUGGGGGUGCUCCUGGCUAUGCCCCGGCUCCCUUCAUGCACAUCCUGCCACCGCACCAACAGCCCCAUUCUCAGCUGCUGCACCAUCACCUCACACAGGAUGGACAGGGUGGUCCUGGUCAGCGCAAUCAGUCCAGCAGCAUGCAGCAGAAGACCCAAGGCAGCAAGUCCAGCUAUGGCAACUCCCCCUACUGGGCCAACUGAGGAAUGCUUCCCAAUCAUCACUCCCCCAAAAGGCUAUGUGCCUGCGAGUGUAAAGCUAAAACAAAAAAGAAAGACACACUACCCUCACAAUGAGCAACCUUGGGCCUCCUCGCCCUGCUCCCCCACCUCCACUAGUCCUCAUCCUCAAGUCUUUUGGGUUCUCUCUUCCCUCCCUUUUCAAAAUUGGUUGUACAUGUAAGAUAUUUAUGUAUGUAUUUAUAUAUAUAUAUAUACUGUAUAUGUAAUAGUAGAACAUGAAAUGUGGUUGCUGCAUUUUAUUUUUGAAGGACUUUUUGUUUACUUUUUUCAAAACUGCAGGAAAAGAUGUUACAUUAAGACGGAAUGAGGUAAUGGCGAGAGAGCGAGAGAAGAAUAGAAAUUAUCUAAAACCUCCUGUAAGAAACCAGAAAAGGAAAAGGAGAGAGCUAUAGCACUGAUUGCGAAUGAGGACAUUUCAGAUGGAGGUGGGGUUUAUAAUAACUAACUGCAUCCGUUUUGUCUUUUUUUUUUUUAUUUUUUUUUUUUAUACAUAACUUCCUGAAUGACCAGGCUCAUCCCCCAAACUUCAUUUUGUAGCUUCCUGUUUUUCCCCCUCUUGACUCUCUUCCUCCCUUCUUCUGGAAGGCUGCCGACUCUCCUUGUGUCAACCCCUUACCUUUUGAAGACAUCUAAAUUUUAUAUUUUAAUUUUAUUUUAACCCUGAUUUCCCUCGAAAUAAAAGUUCUGAGCAGUUGGAAAUUU